AUGGCACUGUCCAAGCACAAGGCUUCAGCCCUAUUCCAAUCAUAUAACCAACCUCAGCCGUAUUCUUACGGACUCAAUGUCUGGAAUAAGUUCGAGGAUUAUGGCUCUCUAGGAUUUGCAGCAUGGCCGACACUGCCUCCGCGAUUAAGCCCUCAUGAUGCCUCGACCUUGAGUCUAUCAAAUUUCAGUAGAAUUUGGACACUACCACACGGACCAAAAGCCUCAGAAGAUACAUACGCUGCGUCGUUUCAGAAACUCGUGAAUGCGUUAUUCAAUAACCUACGCUACAAUGUCAAGGUGUCUCAUAGUGCCUUCCGAGUGUUCAAGAGCAAGGCACAACAGCUCAAAGAUAAAUACCAGCGAAUGUUCGAAAACUUCGAGAGCCACAGGGAGCGAGGUGAAUUGUUCUAUGAUGACAUGGAUAACCCGCACAUCGGACAGUAUCGAAUGUAUGAGCAAAUCCUUCGACUUUUCGAAAAUGUGCCUCCAUUGGACAGAGUUAAAACCUACGGGAAGAGGAUCGGACGAAUCCUGACUUUAUUGAAAAAUUUAGACCAACGACAAAAACAACAACUCUUGUCUAUGGAGACCUGGAGCUCCGCCGUAUUUGCCAACUGCAGGGUGGAAAUGCGUCUAACGCUUUUUGCAGAAGCCAGUCAACGUAGAACGCUGAUUGUGACGACUGAGCAUGGUCGAGACGAUACCGCAACCUCCUACUACGAUGCAAAAGAAGUGCAAGAAGGGCAGAACGACAGUGAUGUCAGCGGUCAAUUAUCACUGAAGCUCUGGCGGAGAUCCGCAGGCCGAAGCAAAUCAUGGAGAAGAUGUCCAAAGACAAGGCUUGCCGGCUCCGAAAGGCAUGUGAAAAUUUUGCAGCCUUCACAUCAUGAUGGCUACCAGUUCUUUCAAUCACCAUUGUGGAUACCAUCAGCAUACAUACGCUCCCGAGGAUUGGAACGAUCUACAAAACUGGCAAGAUAUGUGCAGAGGCACGAGUCGCGUGGCCAAACUGAGCAUCAAGACGUCGAUAUCGAUCAUGACAUCAAUGUUCUCGACGUGGAUGAGGUGGCACAUGGAAGUCACUCUCCACCCGCUUCUGAUCUCAAUUGUGAGGACGACCAAAGCUCGACAUGUCUCAUAACUGGUUCCGACGAACAAGCUGACGAAUGCUUGAAAAAAAGGACAUAG